AUGUAUGUAUACGGCGCUUUCAUCUAUCCAUGUGAAAACCAUUUCGACUAUCAUCAAGUAUGCUGUGCUGGUUUAUGCUUUGCCAUUGAAAAUCGUGUGUUGGGUCUCUUCGAUCAAUUUGCUCAUACACUCAUCCUGUCGACACUCAUUGUGAUUGUAAAUUUAGGACUAUGCUGUCGUGUUGUUUUGCAAAAACAUCAGCGCAUGAGACGAUCGAUGGAAUGGCGACAGCAUCGUAAAAUGAUUAUACAAUUUGUUUCUGUAGCAGUUCUAUACAUGUCAAGUUAUCUCACAUAUGGAUCUCUUCAGUGUUAUCAAUUGAUUAAUGGCCCAACAAAUCUUAGUACGACUAUCCAGCAGUUAUAUUUUUUCUAUUUGUCCUAUCUCGUUGGUCUAUUGCAUCCAUUUGCCUGUCUAAUUGGUAUGCCUGAAGUCUAUUGGAGACGGUUCUGUGCAGAAAAGCGACGUAUUCUUCUUCAUCUGACGACUAGACCGAUCAGAAUAGUUCCAGCUUUUAUAUAA